AUGCGUGUGUUGUUAGAGGAGAAAUUAGCACAUUUCCCUGAGCCCGUCAUCAUUAGUAAAGUCACAAAGCCCAAUCCGAUUUUAGGCCUAACAUCUUCAAGAAAAAGGCAAGACUUGAAGAGAAAGGCACAAUCCAUGGAGAAAUCCCGUCUUGACGAGUGCUAUCUCGGAUUCAACAAUUGGCGCCCACCGUGGGGCUGGAAACGCUUCUCGCUAUUCAUCUCGAAGAUAUCUAGAUUUUCACGAACUAGCAACGAUGGUGAACUCGAAAGAGAACACUCCCACCGGGAGCCCGUCUCCCUCAGAAGAAAACUUAAGCGACAGUCUACCAGCACGAUAGACAAGUCGCUACCCGCUGAAGGUAGGGACAAGCCUGCCCCUACAAGAAACCAUCUUCUCGCCACAGAGAUCCGUCUCGCCGCGAAGAUCUACUUCGCCGCAACGAUCCCCUCCGCCAAGAAAGGACGAGAGCCCCCUCCGUCCGCACCACGCCGCUCGAGAAAAUCUUCCUCGAGCGACAAACCCCGCAGCUCGAAGAAAUCCUCCUCGAGCGAGAAGAUCCUCAAACUCAUGGAGAAUCUCGUCAAGCCACUCGCCGACGGUUUCGAGUCAAUGCGAGCACAGCAGAAAAAGACUCAGGAACAGGUGGAAGCCCUAGCACGAGAAGACGAUGAAGAUCCGUCAAGUCCCACUGACGGAACAACCCCCCGUCCCGCACUUCAGGCGACUUACCACCAAGAGCUCGAACGGAUGAAUCGUCGCCUCGACGAGGUCGAUUCGAAAGUUCAUCGCGCCACCAGCUCAGCUCCGGAAUUGACGAAAGCACUCGCCGACACCCGAAGAAGCCCGCUCACCCGCAGGCUCCGCCAGAUUGAGCUACACGAAAGAGUUCGACUCAAAAUCGACUCUUACACCGGCGAAGAAGACCCCAAGAAGUGGCUAACCGCGUUCAACCUCGCCAUGAGGAGGGAGAAAUACAAAUCUUACGAUGAAAGGGAGGCCAACUACUGUCAAGUAUUCGUCGAGCACAUGGCGAAAGAUGCCUUGACCUGGUUCUCUAACCUCCCCGCCGAGUCGAUCGAUAACUUCGACGACCUAACCAAUGCUUUUCUGAAGCAUUACUCCAUGCACAUGACCCGAAUCACUCGGAACAUGUUCACCACAACGCAAACCCAAGGCGAACCAUUGCGCAGCUUUAUGGAAAGGUUCAAACAAGCAGCUCGCGACACUGGCGACAUGCCCGAUAGCGUCCCGCUAGAAGCACUCCGCAACGGCCUCUGGUACGACUCCAAGUUUAAGGAGGAUUUGUCACUAAAACCCCCUGCGACUCUGGAGGACGCGUUCCACCGCUCUCGGAACUACAUCUUCCUCGAGGAAGACCAGCGCUUCUACGCCGAGAAGCAUGGAGAUAGGAGGACAACCUCAUCACUCCUAACGGCGUUCGCAGCAGCCGACAACGAGCCCGAGCAGGAACCGCAUCACAUCAAGAAACGGGCAACAGAUGUCGCGACGCCCGAUCUCGACGACUCUGACACGUUUUGCCGCCUCCACGGAACCGGUGACCACUCUACAAGAAACUGCCGACGCCUAACUCGCGAUCUCCUUCGGAGAUACCAGCACGGGGAGCUACCACCGAUAAAAGGGGACCGCUCUCGUCACAGACGAAAGCCGGCACAACCCGUAAUCCCGGAAAACACGCCGGAUGACAUAACGAACUACUCCGACGAAUCAGGGCAAGAGAUUAACAUGAUAAUGAGCAACCCCAUCCAUCGCGAUUCCAUCUCGACGAUCACGGAGCAUGAAUACGCAGCGGUGGAGCACGAUCGCAACCCGACCCGCGAAGAAAUCCCCACUAUCAUCUUCACGGAUCAAGAUACGGCGGGGCUGGAUACCCCUCACGUCGACCCACUCGUGGUCAGCUUGCACAUCAGUGACUCCAGCGUAGCAAGAAUCCUGAUCGAUACCGGGAGCACGGUGAAUCUAAUCUACAAAGAGACCCUCAACCGCAUGGAAAUCAGCAGAGACCAGAUCAAGCGUUCGUUGUACUCCCUCACCGGGUUCACCUCCGAACACGUCUCAGUGAAGGCACGAUCCGCCUACCUAUCCACGUCGGCGGAACAACCAAAGCCGCCGAAUUCUUCGUCAUCGAUAAACCAGCCAUUUACAACGCCAUUUUGGGCACCCCAUGGCUCCACGAGAUGA